AUGGCACUAGGUAGCAAUGGAAAAAGAAGCAUUCGCAGUGGUAUCGGCAACGCUGCAGGUGACAACAACAAGGAGUUAGCACUGGGAAUCAAGCAAAACUACGAAGAAAGUUGUCUGAAUCUUCAAAUGGCGGAGCGACAGACGGUCGUCGGAAGAGAUAUCCCUUCCAAUGAAAACCGUUACUUUGGAGGUCUUAUUGGAAACAAGGAGAUUUUCGUGAUGACAAUGAUCGCCGUGGCGUUGUAUUUGAUUGAGGGAGAGCAUGCUAAAGUAGGUCGAAAAGAAAAGAAAACAGAAACACAAACCGAAUUUCAGUUGGUAUGUACCGCUCUGACUUCCGUACCACCAGCGAUUUUUUCGUAUCGAGUGCUGAUGAAUCCAAAGAGUUCGAAAGAUGGAUAUCACUCGAUCCUCUUCUACUGGACCAUCUAUGGUCUUCUAGCUGUAUUCGAUCAAUUCGUUGGCUCUCCCCAAGGGUACAAUCUCAUCAAAGGAGGUCUUCUUGGAGCUGUCUUCCUCCAUGCAUUCCGAUCCAACCCACACGCGAUUCCUCCGUCCUGGAACAUUCCGGAUCCGGCUACUGUCGAAAUGCUUACUUCUAUCUUCACUCGUUAUGAUUCCAACGGAUAUGCUCAGCAGACGACCUCAUCUGGAUUUGAUCCCAGGUCUCCAACAAUUACUCAUUUUUCUGAUGAUGACGAAUCUGAAUACAUGCCCAUGAGCUCUUCAGUUCUGGAACAAGAACCAGUGGAUGUUAGCACUGCGUGCAGUUUCAUUCCAUCAGUUUCCAUGCAAACCACCCAAACUGUUUCUCCUGAAUUCGUUUACGAAACUGCCGCUCCAAAAACAACACCAAUCGUUGAUGAUAACGCUGAACCGAAUUCCACGAUGCGAGUCCAUUAUAAAGCACAAAACCAAUACGAAUCAAUGUCGGCAAUGACUGUGACUUGUGGUGGAGCACCGGAUAUUGUCACAGUUCCUUCGGAUCGAAUCGUCUUCAAACAUGAUAUUCGAGUGACCCAAAUUCAAGUCACUAAUGUUUCUCCUCUUCAUCUCAUGUUUGCUCUGAAGACAAAUGCUGACACCCAUCUUGUUGCUGCUCCAACCACAGGAGUUCUUUUGAGUGGUCAGAGUAUGCGGAUGAGAGUUGGUGUUACAGAUGGUUUCUUCAAAACUUGUGCCGAUCCAGGGAAAUCGAUUGAUAAGCUUGCCAUCGACUAUACAUCGAUUCCACAAAACUGUGCUUCCGAAAAUCUCAAAUUUUCGCACGACUUUUUCCAAACGCACAAUCGUCGUCGCCACGCCAUUCGUGUCUUCUAUCAAUGA